AUGGAAAGCGGCGAGGAGGACGCGAAGGAGCAAGAGCAGGAAGAUCUUGAGCCCUUGAGCAACAAGAUCAAGACUGAGGUUUAUGAACCUGACCAGCCUUCGGUCUUAGAGGAUUAUCCAUCGGAGAGAUUGCCCUUCCUUGCCGAUCGGCUGCUACAAACAGCGUCGGUGUCGCCAGAGCUCCUCGCCGCCAUCGCUGACCAAGGCGCGGAAAUCCCACGAGUCUUGUAUGAGGGAUCGCAAGUCAUGCAGUACUUGACCCAUGACGCAUCCAACCCCUCCAGGAUGUGGGCGCUGGGGCUGUUGGGGGAGGUGCUGGACUCUCUGGUGCUCUGCCCGGUGGAGUCGAAGCGAAGCUCGACGAGGACGGUGCGGAUAGACGUGCAGACGUGCGAGGGGAGGGGCGACAACCUGGUGAAGUCCUUCGAGUUCUUCAGCGACGGGGUCGCCAUGGACCUGCCCCAGGUCAAGAGAUUCCUCGACAGCGGAGCAAGUGAGAAUGACCAGCUGGUGUUGGAGCUGGAGGGAAGCAACAUGUUCCAAGAGCUGGGGUGCAGGUGGAGCCUCGACUGGCCGUUCCCCUCCAUCCGGCCGAUCGUCAACCUCUGUCGAUCAUGUCUGAUCCUGACCUGCGACAGUCCCGGGAGGUUCUUGGUUGCGCUCUACCAGGCAGAGCUCAACGAUAAAGGCUACCUUCUUGUUCCUAUCGUGCAGCUGCAGGACGGUACUCCGGUGCCGGGAGGAGAAGGAGGGGAGUGGAUGAUCGGCAAGACUGUGAGGGUUCGAGGGGAGGACGGGGAGAGCUGGCGGGAGGGAAGGAUCGAAGAGCUAUGUCAGGACGGUUUCAUGGUGAUCUUCGGAGACAGAGAUGAGAAGGCUGAGGGGGAGAGGAGAGAACGUGUGAGCUUCUAUCAAUCAGCAUGGCAGCUUGCUACAAAGGAGGAGGAGGAAGAGGGAGGGAGGUCGGAGGACGGCUGGUGGUCGCCUUGCGAAUUUUCAUGGCGAGUGAUCUGGGAGCGACUGUCUGACGCGACCAAGUUCAAAGUACAUGACUGGACGCACAGCAGCCUGACGGGAACGUGGCUGAUCCUCGACGAGCUGAUCCUGGAAAGUUUCCUGAGCGAGACCCAGGAGGCCGGGUCCUCUUCCGACUCUUCGUCGUUGGGCUGGGACGUCACCAUCGUCGACGCCGACUACCUUAAGCAGUGCGUGUGCAGUGGCUGGAUGACGGAGGAGCACGGGAGUCUCCCGGUGCUGACGUCGCUCAGCUCUCUCCUGCAGGUGCUGUACAAGAGCAGGCAGGUGGACAUCAUGCUGUUGGGGCAGCGGAUCAAGAGAAGAAGCCUGCUUGCUAUGGUUGAACAUCCCAAGAACUUCUCGAUUGACGUUCAAGUGCCGUCCAAGGAUGACUCGUCCCACGGCUAUCAGCGCGUGUCCAUCACCCUCGGGCUGAGCCAGGCAGCCAAGGAAGGGAGCGGGCAGGCGAUGACGGGGUUCUUCGUGUACGCGAGCAAGAGGCUGCUCAUCCCAUUCCUUCAGCUCUCUGUCCAGAAAGAUCGGGUUGGUCGAGGCGUCAUCGGCCUCAUUGAGAUGGAACAUGUCUUCUCCUUCACAAUGACAAAGUGGGUUCUGGUAGGCAAGUUUGUCGAGCAGAGCAUGUUCGAAUAUCUCCAUGACCUCUUCGCGUCCCAUCCUGAAAGGUUCGACGGCGUCGAACCCAAGACUCCAUCCUCGCGCUCGGGUUUCUUCCGGUACAGGAAGCUGAGGAAGCAGCUGAAGGAGGUGAAGGACGACUCCCGCUCCAAGAACGCUUCUCCCCAUCCCGCCACUAGCGACAAGGAUGACGCGCUGUCCCCGAAGCGGCAGAGGAGGGUGGUGGAGCCGCCAAUGAAGUACAAGUUCGAGGAGGAGCACUUGGAGCAGAUUGAGACGAGGAAGAGGAGGCGAUCGGACCAGGGGAGGGGAGACAGGUCGGGGAAGAAGGGACCGUUCAGCAGAGGACAGAAGGUGUGGGUAAGAAACUCGUCGGAACUCUGGCCCCUCAACGCGGCCAAGGAGCUGAUCAAGACGAUCACUGCUGACGUUCUCUCUAGCGGGCGGAUCCCCCCGCAGGUAGAGAGGAGAGCAGCUGACGAGGAGGUUGACGAGGUUCAGGUGGGGACUGUUACGUCGGAUGUCUUGCGGGGAGCGGUGGAGGUGACUCUGGUGGACUCUGAUGACGUCAUCAAGUGCAGGCUGAGCAACGUCUCCUCCUACCGGCCUGGUAGUUCUCCUCCUCCUGUCGAUUUCUCUGCCCCGCCUUCGAGUCGACCAGCAGCGACGGCGAGCGCGAGCUCGACCCAGAGCAACAGUACGAGCAAGUUGUCGGAGAAGAGGGAGGACAUAAGGACGUUUGUCGACAACCUUGCGUGCAACCUCCUUCCUCAGCAGGAGCAGGAGCAGGAGCAGGAGCAGGAGCAGGAGCAGGAGCAGGAGCAGGAGCAGGAGCAGGAGCAGGAGCAGGAGCAGGAGCAGGAGCAGGAGCAGGAGCAGGAGCAGGAGCAGGAGCAGGAGCAGGAGCAGGGGCAGGAAACGAAGCAGCACAGCAGUGAAAUGGAAUGGCAGGCAAACUCCCUGGUCGAGAUGUUCUGCAACCUCGACCCUUCAGCGGAGGAUUUCGUCUCCUUCAAAUCCGCCGCAGCUUCUCUUGCUCCUCCUGCGCCCCAACCAGGAGAGGAGGUUGAAGAGUCUGCCACCGCAUCGCAAGAGAUCGAGUUUGCAAGAGAAACUGAACUCAAGGACAAGAUCUCUGCUCUCGGAAAGCUGCACAGGAGCGUCGUGCUGGGCUGGGAAAAAGAUUUGGAUCAGCUCCAGAUGGUUCAGAAGCAUCAGAAGAUCCUGACUGGAAUGCUCUGCGAGAUGUACGCAAGGAACUCUCAAGUUCUCAACGAGCAGGAGGAGGUCCCUGCUGCUGCUGGGCAGCUCGAGAGCAGCUCGAGCAAGACAGGGCAGUAG